AUGUGUAGGAUCAUCUAUUGGAAGAAACCAGCUGUCAGUGCACUAAAGAUCAACAGUGAUGGUAGUCACAGAGAUGGAUCCAGUGGGGGAGGAGGUGUGAUCAGAUGUUCCCACGGAAUAACGAUCAUGGCCUAUUCUAUCCCCUUUGAAGAAGUAUCCAGUAAUGUAGUCGAAGCCAAAGCGCUGCUGUUUGGCAUACAAUGGAGCAUUCAAAAUGGAACUAGCAGCUUGGAACUAGAAACUGACUCUAUGCUCCUUGUAGCAUGGGUGAGAGAUGUAUUCAAGAUCCCUUGGCAAGUUGAUGUAACUAUUAGAGAAAUUAAAAGAGCAUUGGUUGGAACUUCUUAA